CAUACCUUAUUAUUAACUGCAUGGACUGCACUUGAUGCCUCCUUGCCCCUCGUAGCUUUGCAUCUUUUCUUCUUUGUCUCCCUCGCUGCUUAUCAUCAUUUGUUAUUGGUUAUAUAUCGAUUUUCCUUUCCUUCCAUUACUUCGCCCCAUUCUUUUUGUGUUGAAGCCUUCUUUCCUAGCGCACAUCGCCUGAUCUCCUAUCUCAGCUGUCCACUUCCUCCAUUCUCUCGUUGAUCAACCUAGAAUAUUAUCGCGCUCUUGUCACUGUCAUCAAUUCCAUUCAAACAAUUCUUUCAAUUGACUUGGAACUUCAAUUUUACUUUUAUCGUUGUACAUCAGUAUCGUCUGAUCUCAUUGAAUAGGAGCCCAGCACUACAUCUUCAACAUCACUUCGUGCGAUCACUGCUUGCUUGCCUUGUUUGCUAGAUUAUCCUGGUUAUGCAUCUCCCACAGCGUCUUGUUACAGCAGCAUGUCUUUGCGCCAGCGCCACGGCUUUUAUCCCAUACACCAUCAAACUUGAUACGUCGACCGGCAAUUCAGCUCGUGAUGAUACAUUGUCUCGCCGCUUUCUGCCCCUGCCCAAGCCAGGCGACGCACUGACAGAUGAUUCAGCGUCAUCGUCCAAUGACGAGUCCCUGACUUUGAAUAUCAAAAGGAUUCCCGUCCGCCGUGGCAAUGAUUUCAGUAUUGUAGUGGCGGACACCCCCUCUUGGCCCAACACCGCUGCUCUCGACCAAGAUGGCGAUGAUUUGUCCUACUUCUCAGUUGUCAACAUCGGCUCUGACGAGCAAGCCAUGUACAUGUUGCUGGACACUGGGGGCUCUGAUACAUGGGUUUUUGGCUCCAAUUGCACAGUCACAGCCUGCACGAUGCACAACACGUUUGGAGCGAACUCGUCCUCGACCCUUGAAAUGACCUCUGAAGAGUGGAGUGUUGGCUACGGUACCGGAUCGGUCAGUGGCUUGCUGGGGACGGACAGUCUCACCAUCGCCAACACGACUGUCCGCAUGACUUUCGGGUUGGCUUCCAACGCAUCGGACAACUUCGAAUCGUAUCCCAUGGAUGGUAUUCUCGGCCUCGGUCGAACCAACGAAAGUUCCUACGACAACCCGACCUUCAUGGAUGCUGUCUCCACCAGUAACCUGUUCAAAUCGAACAUCGUCGGCUUUGCCCUUUCGCGUAGUCCUGCCACGGACGGCACCGUCAGCUUUGGCACUGCUGACAAGGAGAAGUACACGGGGGAUAUCACCUACACCGAUACCGUCGGAACGGGAAGCUACUGGCGCAUUCCCGUGGACGAUGCGUAUGUUGACGGCAGUUCAUGUGAUUUCUCCAACAAGUCGGCCAUCAUCGAUACUGGAACGUCUUACGCCAUGCUUCCUUCGGACGACGCGAAAACGCUGCAUGCGCUGAUUCCCGGCUCCAGUACCUCUGGAGACUACUUCAUCAUCCCGUGCAACACGACUGCGAAGCUACAGGUGGCGUUUUCCGGGGUCAACUACACCAUCUCUCCGAAGGACUACGUUGGAUCAACAUCUGGCUCUGGAUGCGUCUCAAACAUCGUGAGCUAUGACCUAUUCGGCGACGACGUAUGGCUCCUGGGUGAUGUCUUCCUGAAGAAUGUGUACGCCGUGUUUGACUACGAUGAGGAACGGGUUGGCUUUGCGGAGCGUUCCUCCAACAGCAGCUCUUCUUCAAACACUACCAGCUCCUCCACGUCCAGUGCUUCAGGUUCCACUUCCACAGGCAGCUCGACGACUACUGGCUCUGCUGGCUCCAGUAGCUCAUCCGAUUCCAAGUCAGGAGCAACGGCCAUUAUCCCCUCUCAGUACUACUCUGUGUUGGCGAUUGCUCUAUGCAUGCUUUGGCUAUAGUAGCCGCGUCUCACGUCUCAAUGGUUGAAGCUAGAAGAAUAGAUCGUUGAUCACAUUCGCUGUUGUUUUGUAUCUGCAUAUACAUGUUGAGACUAUCAACAGUGCGCUGCUGCCUGAUAUUGCUUUGUUCCAUUAUCUCUUCUAGUCACUUAACUUCCAU